AUGCCUAUCCGGCACUUUGUUCCAAUCAUCUUCCCCAACCAUUGUCUCUCCCCUUGGUUUCUUGAAGGUUUACUGUCUCUCCCCUUGUUUAUUGUCUCUCCCCCUGGUUUCUUGACAGCUUAUUGUCUCUCCCCCUGGUUUCUUGACAGCUUAUUGUCUCUCCCCUGGUUUCUUGACAGCUUAUUGUCUUCCCCUGGUUUCUUGACAGCUUAUUGUCUCUCCCCUGCUUAUUGUCUCUCCUGGUUUCUUGACAGCUUAUUGUCUCUCCCCUGGUUUCUUGACAGCUUAUUGUCUCUCCCCUGGUUUCUUGACAGCUUAUUGUCUCUCCCCCCCUUGGCUUAUUGUUUCCCCUGGUUUCUUGACAGCUUAUUGUCUCUCCCCUGGUUUCUUGACAGCUUAUUGUCUCUCCCCUGGUUUCUUGACAGCUUAUUGUCUUCCCUGCUUAUUGUCUCUCCCCCUGGUUUCUUGACAGCUUAUUUCUCCCCCUGGUUUCUUGACAGCUUAUUGUCUCUCCCCUGGUUUCUUGACAGCUUAUUGUCUCUCCCCUGGUUUCUUGACAGCUUAUUUCUCCCCUGGUUUCUUGACAGCUUAUUGUCUCUCCCCUGGUUUCUUGACAUUAUUGUCUCUCCCCUGCUUAUUGUCUCUCCCCCUGGUUUCUUGACAGCUUAUUGUCUCUCCCCCUGGUUUCUUGACAGCUUAUUAUCUCCCCUGUACAUUUCUGAUAUCCUUCUUUCUAGCACUUUUCCACUUUCAUAUUCACAUCUUUAUUUUGCCUUUUCCAAAGGUUUUUUCUUCUAUCUCUCUUUCUUUGGUCCUCAGCGUCCUCCUCUCACUUUCUCUCUUUCUUUGGUCCUCCUCUCACUUUCUCUCUUUCUUUGGUCCUCCUCUCUCUAUCUCUCUUUCUUUGGUCCUCCUCUCUCUAUCUCUCUUUCUUUGGUCCUCCUCUCUAUCUCUUUCUUUGGUCCUCUAUCUCUCUUUCUUUGGUCCUCCUCUCUCUAUCUCUCUUUCUUUGGUCCUCCUCUCUCUAUCUCUCUUUCUUUGGUCCUCCUCUCUCUAUCUCUCUUUCUUUGGUCCUCCUCUCUCUAUCUCUCUUUCUUUCAUUGUAUUCAUCUUGUGCCAAAAAUAUCACCAGUUUGUCAAAUUGCUGCAGGAUUUAACUUAUUUGUAAAAGAACCCCUGAUCCAUAUGCUCAGCUGCAGUUGA